AUGAUCGAGUUCCCUUCUUCGAUCGAGAGCGAAGUCGCGUCGUCUCUCCUCCUCCUCCUCUCCUCCGAUCCAAUCCCCUUCUCUUCUCCAAGUAGUAACAGAUCUGGAUCCGAGGAGAAACAUCACUCGCUAUGUGGUGAAAUCGAUGCUCAAGCAAGCAUGAGCUUCGUCUCUACGAGAUCGUCCGAUUCAGCUAUCUCCAACAAUGCCUCGUCGUAUCAGAGGACCUCUGAGGAUGACUUCAUGAACUUCAAGAUUGCUAGAAAACGCCGCACGAAUGGGGUUUACAGCUCUGUUGAUACCAAGGCGGUAACACACUCGAAGAAUCUAGAGUUUGAUGCUAUCUCCAAGGAGGAGUCAUGCUUGUCUACAGGCUCCAACGAGGUUUCAAGCACUGAGAGCAGCAGAAUCAAAGCCACGAGUUGUGAGAAGGUGAACAGAGAUUCAAAGAAGAAAGAGAGUCAUAAGUCGAGUUCUGUUAGACGUAAGGCUGGGAAGAUCUUGGAGUUUCUCGACACAAGCUGCUCUUCUGAAGUCAAGAUCCGUCAGGCGCUUGGAGAUAACGCAGAUACAAGCAAAGCUCUCAGAAUGUUGGUGAAGAUUGGUUAUGUGAAGAGGUCUGGAGCUGGAGGAAAGCAUCAUCCUUUUGUUUACAAGGUUGCAUGA